GGAUGAGCAAGGAGAUCCUCAAGGGGGAUGAUCUGCCUUGGUACAAGGUCGAGGAUACUUUGAACAAGGUUCAAGAUGACGAUCAAAGUUUUCCGAUGAUGGAUGUUUGGACAGUGUCUUUUAAAGAUCCUAAAAAUAUCAAAGUCUUUCAAGAGUGCGUUGGAUUCAUACGAAAGCCAAAACUAGGUAUUGGAUUGGACUGA